AUGGGAGAUCCCUUAUCGAACAGUUUAGCUCUCUUCGUCUUUGCCCUGCUUCUCAUCAAGCUUUUCAUAACCAAUAAUAGAUCACAAAAGUACAAGAAUCUACCCCCAAGCCCUCCUUGCCUUCCUAUUAUCGGUCACCUCCAUCUUCUCAGACAACCGAUUCACCGGACCCUCGAAUCACUCUCCGCAAAAUACGGCAGAAUCCAACUACUCCGAUGGGGUUCACGGAGAGUAAUCUUGGCCUUCUCACCAUCGAUAGUGGAAGAGUGUUUCACUAAGCACGACAUUGUCUUCUCCAAUCGCCCGCUCUUGCUCGCUGGAAAACACUUCCACUACAACUACACAACCGUUGUCGUAGCUCCCUACGGCGACUUAUGGCGCAACCUCCGCUGUGUCAUGACCCUCGAGAUCUUCUCCUCGUCUCGUGUGGCCAUGUUUUCAAGUAUUAGACAAGGAGAUGUCCGAUUUUUACUCGAUCAAAUCUCGAAGAGUUGCAGUUUCGGUAUGACAAAGGUUGAGCUCAAGUCCAAAUGUAUCCAUCUUCCGUUCAAUGUAAUGACGAUGAUGAUUCUGGGAAAGCGGUAUUAUGGCGAACACGUUGGACAUGCUGAGGAGGCCAAGAACUUUCGAGAAGCUGUUACGGAUGCCAUAGAAUUGAACUCAUCGGCAAAUUUGGGGGACUUUUUGCCAUUUUUACAGUGGGGUGAUGUAUCAGGGUUGGAGAAGAAGAUGGUGAGCGUGAUGGCCAAGAUGGACAGUUUCUUGCAGGCUAUGGUUUCGGAUUGUAGCGAAAUUUUGUCUCUAAUUGUGAUCAAAACAAGGGAGGAGGAGGGGUCAGGAAGUUACUGGUCGAUGAUGUAG